AUGACUUACAUGGGCAAUGUCGUCGGAAUGUUUUUGGUUAUGACAACUGCAAACCCGCAACAACGACAAUUUACUCUUUUUCACAAGUUCAGCACAGAAGUUCGACCAUCUGAGAUGGUACAACGGGAUGAUCGAAUUCGAGUGAUGGCAUGCUUAUUUGAAGAAAUUGCUGAAUCAGAUGAGGAGGAUGUUCAGCUCCCAGAACGAACUUCACCGGAUGGGCGAUCACCAUUUGCCGUCGCAUUCGAUUCCCCUUUUGCCGAACGGCGCAGAACUUCCCCUCGGAAUCUGAGCCCUACUUGUGCGAGGAAACUCGCCAUACCUCGACUAUGUCGUGGAUGUUCGGAUUCGUUCCUAGGCCGCCGACAUCCAGUCAUUUUCGGAUCUCUCAGUCCCGAAAGACACGAUGCGGGUUUGAAUUUUUUGACCCUUCCAUCAAUACCUGAGACAACAUCAUUGUGA